CUUGUUUGCAAUCAAUGGCCCACAUUUGUGAGAGUAUUUUGUAAUAUAGUAUCUCAUAGAAAAUGUUGAUUCUGAAAGGAAACUAAAGGUUUUCUGACAAAUGUAGUGGGGUGUACUCAUUUAUGCUGAGCACUGUAUAUAUAUGGUGGUGCAGUGGUUAACACUGUUGCCUCACACCUCUGGGACCCAGGUUCGAGUCUCUGCCUGGAUUACAUGUGUGUGGAGUUUGCAUGUUCUCCCCGUGUCCUCGUGGGGUUUCCUCCGGGUACUCCGGUGUACCCCCACAAUCAAAAACAUGCUGAGGCUAAUUGGAGUUACUAAAUUGCCCAUAGGUGUGCAUGUGAGAGUGAAUGGUAUGUGAGUGUGACCUGUGAUGGGCUGGCCCCCCAUCCUAGGUUGUUCCCUGCCUCGUGCCCAUUUUAUUGACAUAAAAGUCUGUUCCUCUAAUUAUAGAAUAAUAUAUAGAAUAAUUAUACAAGAGCUAUAAUUAUUAUGAUGUUAUUAUUUAAUUGUGUGGGCCGUGUUGCUUGAUUACAUUUGACUCUUCGGCACGUGGGACGCUGCCGGUUUGAAAGACGCAGCUUCACUUGUUUUCUGCACCAAGAUGACGAGAAACAAACGAAUUGCAAAAGCUGUCAGCUGGAGCAACGAUCGAUACUGGGCAACUUGGGACAAGUGGAUGGAAGUGAUUGACUGGGAAGAUGAGGAAGAGCUGUGCUCCCCAGCAGAAUCACCCUCUGACCAGGCUGACCGUUCCAUCGUGUCACACACCCGAAAGCCAAUUGCCAAGGCAGUUAGCUGGACGGAUGAUGUGUAUUGGGCAGCCUGGGACAAGUGGGAUGAGAUCAUCUGCUGGGGUGAAGAAGGAGAGUGCUCCCCAGCAACUCCACCCAUCAACCAGCCUGGGAGGGAUAAGGGGUUAGACAUGCAUGGGUUAGAGGUUUUUCUGUUAAAUGAAAGGACAGUCUCCAUAAAGCCUGCAGAUGACCACCAAGACAGGCUGAAAAUAGGAGCCGUAGUGGUCGACCUCUGCCAGUUUGAGCUAGAUGGUGUAAAUGAUAAAUUUGAAAUUGUCGAAAUACAAAUUGGAGAGGUCAAAUUGGAGGAGACUGCAGAGAGGGGUUUUAAUUCAGAAUUUGAAUUGGAAAUUUUGGAUGUGGAGAUAGAGGUUGUAGACAGUGAAUUCCAGCUGAAUGCUCUUAAUUGGGAAAUUGCUGGAACUAAAGUGGACAAAUUAUUAGUGGAACACCUGAACAUAAAUAAUCUAGAAGCAGGCAGUGUGAAGGUGUCCACAUCAAAUGGGAAUGUGGUAUAUGUCAAUGGUAUGUGAGUGUGUUUGGUAAUGAUGGGUGUGAAUGGUGUGUGUAAGUGGUGUGUGUGUGUGUGUGUGUGUAUGAGAAUGGUGAUUGAAUGGUGUGUGUGAGGUAAUGGCGUGUGAGUGAAUGGUGUGUGUGAGUGACAGGUGUGUGAAUGGUGUGUGUGAGGUAAUGGCAUGUGUGAGUGAGUGUGAGUGGUAAUGGCGUGUGUGAGUGAAUGGUGUGUGUGAGUAUAUGGUGUAUGUGAAUGGUCUAUGUGUGUGUGAAUGGGGAGUGAAUGGUGUGUGAGUGACUGGUGUGUGUCUGGUGUUUAUGAAUGGUGUGUGUGAGUGAAUGCUGUGUGAAUGGUGUUUAUGAAUGGUGUGUGUGUGAGUGAAUGCUGUGUGAGUGACUGGUGUGUGAAUGGUGUUUAUGAAUGGUGUGUGAAUGAAUGGUGAGUUUUUGUGUGUGUGUUUGUGUGUGUGUGUGUGUGUGAAUGAUCUGUGUGUGUGAGCCUGCCCUGUGAUGGGUUGGUGUCCCAUCCUGGGUUGUUCCCUGCCUCGUGCCUGUAGCCUCUGGGAUCCAUCUGACCGCCUGUUCCAAAAGGCAAAUUGAUCCCCACAUCCCUGAACAGGAGAAGCGGUUUUAGAAAAUGGAUAAAUGUUCCCAGAGGUGUGAGGCAACAGUGCUAACCACUGUACCAUGCAUAUGUAUAGGAUAUGUAGAAGAAUACCUGUUGCAGUUAUCUGAUGUGUGUGUUUUUCACUCUCCCUGUCGGCCCCUGGAGGUUUGGGCUUCCCCUUUGAGUCUGGUGCCUCCCAAGGUUUCUUCCUUCUAGGGAGUUUUUCCUUGCCACUGUCGCCUAUGGCUUACUCACUGGGGGCUUUGGGUGGGGGUGCUCUAAAGCGCUUUGAGACAAUGUAAUGUUGUGAUAUCGUGCUAUACUUUGUUGUGUAAUUUUCUAUUUACUCAUGCAAAUAAAUAAUUGUUUGAUAACAAAAA